CAAUUCUUGCCCAACACAUCGAUCCCAACGACGUCCUUCAUUUACCUUCCAGCAAGUGAGCGGGAGUGUUGCGUGAGCCGUGCAACGAUAAUCUCAGAAGAAUGGGCGUACCAUCGGGAGACGUUGAGAAGGGGAAAAAGAUUUUUGUCCAGCGGUGUGCACAGUGUCAUACAGUAGAAGCUGGAGGAAAGCAUAAAACAGGCCCAAAUCUUCAUGGUCUCUUCGGCCGUAAAACGGGACAAGCUCCAGGAUUCUCAUAUACUGAUGCGAACAAGAGCAAAGGUAUUACUUGGAAUGAGGAUACACUCUUCAUCUACUUGGAGAACCCCAAGAAAUACAUUCCCGGAACAAAAAUGGUGUUUGCUGGACUUAAGAAGCCACAAGAGCGUGCUGAUUUAAUUGCGUAUCUAAAAGAGUCUACAAAGUAGACACUAUAUUUAAUGUAGUUAAUUUAUCCUCCCAUUUGUACAUUGGGACUGUGUUCAGUGCUAGUUUAGCAAAAUAACAAGUCAUGACAUCAUCAAAUAGUGUACAAUUGGCUGUUCACCACAUUCAUGAAAUCAUUGUACAGCUCGCAUAUUUUAUUGUUUGUACAGUAUUUAAUUCAUGUUCCUGUAUUUAUUUUGUGGAAGCAUUUGAACAGUGCGAAAAAGUUGGUGAACAAAGUGUCAGUGAAAACAAACUGUAGUGGACAUUUCUUCAAUAUCAAGCAUGUUAUAUCAAAUGACAUGUUGCAGUAUGUAUUUAUGUGUGAACUGUUGACAGUUAAAGAUUUUUGACCUUUGAUGGUUUUACAAAAUUGUUGAUCAUUGUUUGAGAUCUUAUUCCUGUUAUGUAAUGCAAAAUGUCAGUUAUGUAAUGCACAGUGUCAAAAUUUGAUUUCAAUACAAAAUUUCCUUUUGUAA